AUGGAUUCAAGGAAUCCAUAUAGCCAGUAUACUAGCUAUGUCGGGCUUCUUCACAGCCAACGUGAAAAUGUUGGCAAUGAAAACUUUCCUUAUGAAAGUUUUCCUUCUAGUGUAUACCCCGGAGCCUCAGAAAUUCCUCCUUUCAGUUCCCAACAAUCUGAGGCUCCAGCUACACCUGAAGACACACCCGCGGAGCAUCGGGAGAGAAAAAAAUGGACUUCAGCUGAUGACGAGGUUCUUAUCAGCGCCUGGCUUAACACAUCUAAGGAUGCGCUUGUUGGCAAUGAUCAGAAGUCAGGCACCUUCUGGCAACGAGUUGGAGAUUACUACGCAUCAAGUCCUCAUGUUAGAGCGGGCGGUGAGAAGACAGAGCAUAACCAUUGUAAGCAGAGGUGGCAUAAGAUCAACGAAUGGACGAACAAGUUCUGUGGAGCAUUCACUGCUGCAGAGAGACAAAAGGCCAGUGGACAGUGA